AUGGAGCACAGUAUCUUAGAUGAUAUACCUGAUUUAACCACCUACCAAUCUUUCACUGAGAGAUAUUUCACUAAAAGGUAUGUGCUCAAUGUGAAUGAUAUUCCAAAUAAUGACAUUAUGAUAAUGUUCCAUUCAAACAGAAUAACUUUGAUAACACUAGCCCCUAGUCACUUCUUCUUCAAGACAGAUGGAGAAUAUAAGCUUAACUUUACUGUUGGUAAUAUUGACAGAUUGACUAACUCUGUGAAAGGCAAAGGGAAGAAAGGUGGCCAAGCACUGCAUCCAAAGUCUGUAGUGUGUAAAGUUGAGUUUGACAAUGGCCCCAGUUUUGAUGUGUUGUCCUGUAUGAAAGGGACUCUUGUUGAAAUUAAUGAGGAAUUAGUGAAAAAUCCAAUACUAUUAAAGCAGUUCCCAGAUUCUGAUGGAUUUAUUGCCAUAAUAUUGUCAAGCAUUGCUGUUUCUGAAGCAAAUAAAAAUGAAAUGCUGACUCAUGAAGAGUAUGUAAAAAAUUUCAAGUAGAAACGAGUUAUUAAAUAGUUGAAUUCA